AUGCUGGUGGUCCUGUUCACAGUGGUCCUGCUGGCCCUGAGCUCUGCUCAGGAACCAGGUGAAGAACUUCAGAACCAAAACCAGAUCCUCAAUCAAAGGCCACCUCCUUUGGGAUUCCAACCAAGACCACCUGCUAAUGGGAACCAGCAAGGCCCACCCCCACAAGGAGGCCCACAGCAGAGACCUCAAGGCCCACCUCCACCAGGAGGCCCACAGCAGAGACCUCCUCAAGGCCCACCCCCACCAGGAGGCCCACAGCAGAGACCACCUCAAGGCCCACCCCCACAGGGAGGCCCACAGCAGAGACCUCAAGGCCCGCCCCCACCAGGAGGCCCACAGCAGAGACCACCUCAAGGCCCACCCCCACCAGGAGGCCCACAGCAGAGACCUCCUCAAGGCCCACCUCCACAAGGAGGCCCACAGCAGAGACCCCCUCAAGGCCCACCCCCACCAGGAGGACCACAGCAGAGACCCCCUCAAGGCCCACCCCCACAGGGAGGCCCCCAGCAGAGACCUCCUCAAGGCCCACCCCCACAAGGAGGCCCACAGCAGAGACCACCUCAAGGCCCACCCCCACAGGGAGGACCACAGCAGAGACCUCAAGGCCCACCUCCACAAGGAGGCCCACAGCAGAGACCCCCUCAAGGCCCACCCCCACCAGGAGGACCACAACAGAGACCUCCUCAAGGCCCACCCCCACCAGGAGGCCCACAGCAAAGACCCCCUCAAGGCCCACCCCCACCAGGAGGACCACAGCAGAGACCUCCUCAAGGCCCACCCCCACCAGGAGGCCCACAGCAGAGACCACCUCAGGCUGGAAACCAACAAGGCCCACCACAAGGACCCCAACUGGGUAGACCCCAGGGACCUCAGUAA